GCAUCUCCAACUAAUCUCGGACUCUUUAAACGUCAUGGAUCUUUUUCAUUUGCUUGGUAGUGGGGCUUCAUUUGACAAGAAGCGUUUCAAAGGAGACAUUGAGCUGUUCGAUGCUCGGCAAGCCGCUGCAGAGAAAAAGAACGCCGCCGCUACAGAUCCACAACUUCGAUCCCAACUUUUAGAUGAAUUGGAUUUUUUCAAAACGACGCAUACUGUGGUUGGUGAAACGAAAAAGUCGAAACGCACAGACGCCGACAGCGCCACCACCGAGGAGCCAGCCUCCAAGAAGCCUAAAUCAUCCACCAUUGUCACCAUCAACACCCUGGAAGAGGCAAAGCAAUUCCGAAAAGAACAAAAGAUUCGAGUCUAUGGAUCAGACAUUCCAUUGCCAUUCACCUCAUUCGAAGAUUUAGCCACUGGAUCGUACGGUCUGGACUCAUUAUUGUACAAGAACUUGAAAAACAACAAGUACGAUCAGCCCACGCCCAUUCAGAUGCAGUCCAUUCCCAUCAUGCUAAAGGGUCGAGAUCUGAUGUCCUGUGCACCUACGGGUUCCGGUAAAACAUUGGCGUAUUUGUUGCCUAUUGUGGAGGAUUUGAAGAAACCGGAAAAGGCUGGAUAUCGAGCAUUGAUCAUUGCCCCCACUCGCGAACUCGCCCAUCAGAUUGAUCGCGAACUUCAGAAAUUAGCGGUGGGCACUAAACUGCGAACCAAUGUGUUGACAAAGACAACUGCAGCUGACAAAGCGCAAGAUCCUCAAUCACGGAAGAAGUUUGACAUUUUGAUCACAACUCCCUUACGACUUGUGUAUGCCAUCAAAGAAGAUAAAGUCGAUCUGAGCCACGUUCGACAUUUGGUUCUGGAUGAAGCCGACAAACUGCUGGAUGGUGGAUUCCUGGAACAGACCGAUGAAAUCUUUGCAGCCUGCAGUGCUCCAACUGUGCGUAAAUCGCUGUUCAGUGCCACCUUUUCAUCCACUGUCGAAGAGUUGGCCAAGAGUGUUAUGAAAGAUCCUAUUCGUGUGGUCAUUGGUUCAAAGAAUGCUGCCACAGAUACAAUCGACCAAAAAUUAUUGUUUACCGGAACGGAGGCAGGCAAAAAGGUGGCCUUGCGUCAAUAUAUCCAAGGAGGCAUCAAGCCGCCUGUAUUGAUUUUUGUUGAAUCGAUCGAACGCGCCAAGCAACUGUUUCACGAACUCGUCUACGAUGGCAUCAAUGUCGAGGUCAUCCAUUCCGAGCGAACCAAAGCACAGCGUGAUCGUAUUAUUGAUCAAUUUCGCCUGGGCAAAAUCUGGGUGCUUAUUGCCACUGAUCUGAUGGCUCGUGGUCUGGAUUUCAAAGCGGUCAAUUUAGUUAUCAACUAUGACUUUCCUCAAAGCGUUGCAAGCUAUAUUCAUCGAAUCGGUCGUACCGGUCGUGCCGGACGCACAGGUGAGGCCGUCACCUAUUACAGCAAAGAAGAUUUACCCUAUUUAAGAAAAAUUGUCAACGUGAUGAAGGAAUCAGGCUGUGAAGUGCCCGAUUGGAUGUUGACAUUGAAGAAAGAAAAGCUGAAAAGACCAAAGAAGCAGACCAAUAAGAAGGAUGAUAAGAACAAAUCCAAAGACGGCAAAACCGAUAAGAAGCCAUCGGGCAAAAAGCCAAAACUCAGUGAAGACAACGAAACGGCAUCAGCAUAGAAUAAAAAAAAAUAGCAUCCUGU